AGGAGAGGGUUCCAAACCUGCUCCAUAUCCUUUAUAGCUGAACUUGAUCUGAUGAGAAGCCCAUUUCAGAAUCAUGCUCAAGGCUCAGGGAAAGUCCAAUGAGCAAACAGGCACUAAGAUCCUCCUGGAGGCGAUGUCCAAGGAUAAAGUCCACCUGGCCAGGUUCGUUCUGGACGCGCUGGAUGGGGAGAUUGUGGACUGCAAAACAGAGGACGCACAGACCCCCCUUAUCUCCUCCAUCCUGCUGCCUGAUGGCCACACUCGGUGUAAGUUUGUAGAGCUUCUGCUGCAGAAAGGCGCCAGUGUGAACUGUCCAGACGGAACCGGGCGCACCGCGCUCAGUUACGCAUGUGAGCAAGGCUCCCUAGACGCUGUGAAGAUCCUGGUCCGACACAAUGCAGACCCUGAGGUUGUGGACGUGUGGGGGAACACUGCGCUAAUGUAUGCCACAGUUUCAGGGCACUCCCAUGUGGUAGAGUUUCUGGUGAGAUCGUUCAAGAGGCUGGGUCUUCGGAUAGACAGGCAGAAUAAAGUUGGAAACUCUGCAAUUGAAGUAGCGAAGUUUCUCGGUCACACAGAGUGCGUCUUUGCGCUCACAAACAGUUUCAAGAAGAACCGGGAAGCUCAGGGAAAUGCGCAGCCGCGACUUAGUUUGGGAAGUGUUGAUGUUAAUGACACGUUUGGAAGGAGAGUUGGAAGUGUAGUGAAUAAACUUGAGGAUUUCCAAACGUGUGAUCAUGCUGAUUGUUUAUUGGUUCCAAAUUGGAGUUGGCCAACAAGACCGAGGGUAAAGCAGAGUCGGCUGCCGUCGAUGGACUCUAUAGAGGAGUUUGAAAGAGAGCAGGACGCUUCCUCCUCGCCUCCACAGCUGGUCUUCUCCGGAGUCCUAACCCCUAAACCUCCUCCGCGCACUUCAGACCACCACAACAACUUUACGCACCCUAAAACUGGCGAUGACCACCUCCCCCUACCUAAACUGAGCUGUGAGGCUCAAACAUCAUAUUUUCCCAGCGGAAACAUCCACAGACCCAGCGCGCCCUCCGCCCUGGGCAUCCUACUGUCUCCCAUUCCUUCCAACAAAAGCGAGGCUGACUCAGUGACAGACACAUCUAAAACAUUAGAGUUUGGUGUGCGCAGAUUUUGUGACAGCUACUAUGAGAAAAGGUGUAGUCUGCCAACUAGUAUCCUCAGACCCACACCUCCGGACCGAACACUAGUGCCUGUGCGUAAAUCCAGAACCGUGAGGAGGCGCGAGGCGUCUCCCUGUAGGGCUGAACCUCCUCCGUUCACCGCACUAACUUCCACUACUUCAAACACGACCUUCUCGGUGCUGAGCAACAAACUCUUGCGCCGGUUCACCUCCCCGGAGAUUAAAAAGAACCCAAAAGAGUUGGAGGAGAGUCCCAUGUUGGCUUCAGGGCGGAUUCCGCGAUCAGAAACUUCUCCUCAGUGCAGAAAACACCCCCAAGUGGACAGUAAACCCAGCAUUGACAGCAUCAGCUCGGUCAAGUGCGAGUUUGGCAUUUUUAAAUAA